UGGGUCUUAUCCUUAUAGUCCUCCCUUCGGACGGUUUGUCUACUCAGUGUCUCGUCAUGCUACCCAGACUGCUCUCUUCCCAAGACUGCAGGGAAAGACAUAGUCCAUUCACUAGCUAAGAUGAGAUUACAAGAGCUGCAGCAUACCAUUUUAGAAGGCAUGCAUAUGCAGUCUUGUGGGGCAUCUGGAUACCCUUUAUUUGGCAUCACUUAUGGAGAAGCGAGUGCGGAGAGAACCCUCACUUGACCAUAUAAGAUGCCCUGUAAAUGAUCUCUGUGGUCCAAUCAUUCCAGUAUACAAAAUAUACACUUAGGCUGUAAAUAGCUCUCCUGAGAAUCCAUAUAUUGUAUUUUUCCCUGUGUCUCCCUGUAAUGUGAGUAAUGGUUAGAAGUUCCCCUACCUAGAAGUGAGAAGCACAAACAGCAAAAUGAGAGGCAUGGAAAAAUAGAAACUGAAAGAACCCUCCUUCACUGUUUUCCCCCUUCACCCUGUCCUCAUUCACGCGUCUGUCCUGCCUCACACCUUGUCUUGCCCUCGCUCGCACACAACACACACUCUCUUCUUUCCACCCACCAUAUCAACCCUGGUUCUUUUCCCAUAUCCUCUCUCUUUGUGUAUCAUUCUCUCAUUCUCCUAUGGAACAUCGUGAAAGUAUUCAGGCUGUCAAAAUUGAUUCCUUUCAGGUUCCCUGUCAAGGAAAAAUUCAGGUUCGACGUCACACUCCGAUAAAAAUGUCCACUCAGAGCACCUCCGACAUGAAGGAAAACAAGCAGCAGAAGCCGUACCAGGAAUCUGAGUCCUACGCCGAGUCCACUGGGCCAGGUGAGGGAAGACAUACUCUUCGUAUCCAUCCGAAGGCCGCAGCACGUUUCGAAGACGCUGUCGCCAUCCCUCGCCAGCUAAUGGGGGCAUCAUCUCGUAGGGGACCAGCUACUGCUCUUGUCUCAGGCAAGAAAGCUGGAGCUGGCACCCAGGAAAAGUCAUCUGGUGCUUAUAAUGACGACAAAACGGCUGGCGCAAUCGCUAAUUCGAAGAUGGCCUCUCCACUGCAGGACGUGUCACGUCUGGCUGGCGAUGAUGGUAAGUCCUCCUCUGCCUUAUAACAACCCUGAAGCAAAAUACAGUACUAAUCCCCCAGUCCUUCACAAAGAUCACAACGACGGUAAUAAAAAGAAAGACGCGAAGAAGUCCAGGGUCGCUGCCCUCGCGUCUAAAUUCAGUCUCAAAGACCUUGCAAAGGAGUAUCGCAAAGGUGGCCCGGCUGAAAACAUGCCCAGUCUUCCUACCGGUAGCGAGGCAUCUCAUGCCUUCGGUGAGGAAAAGCUUUACAUACCUCAACCAAAGAGAUCUGCCAUUGAACCACUGUCAGCUCCCGCCUGCAAUCCUGCCAAGGAGUUCGAUCGAUCCCUUCCUCUGGGAGGAGAUCCACAGAGCGCCAUGUUUUCUUCACGCACAUGCUCCGGUCUGAUGCAAAGUGGAAUACAAGUCGAGCCUGGCGCCCAAGGAAACGAGAGAUUCUUGUCUGAUACAAGCCAGGGUACUGACUCUCUAUAUUCUGAAGAAAAGAGCCGUUUCAAUGAUAAUGGUGAGUUAUCUUCCCGUAACGAGCUUUCUCAGAUGGGGGCUCCCGGUCCGAGCAUAGUGACUGGACAGAGAACGGAGACCAACCCCAAUUUGACAUUCAAAUUUCCUGCCGACAACAGCUCCCAGUCGUUCGUGGAUGCAGUGUCAAACAUCCAAGCUCCCAAACCCGCAAAUGUUUGGUUCCCUAAUAACGGAAGCCACGGGAGCGGCGAGGAUGAGGAUUCAAGGCAUUAUGAACUCUCCGACCCUUUCGUUGUCUCGAGCAAUAUGGACAGUGAUGGGCCCUUGAUUAACGAAAAGAGAGAACGAUUCGGCUUCGUCCCCACGGCACCCGCUUUUGAACCUGCAGCGCCUCGACCCUACAACGGACCUUUCCACUCCGCAGCCCCAGCUAUGGCCGGCAUCCCGGGACCCCCUGGGAUGACAACCCAGGGAGGUUACGGGCCACCUCCGUUUAAUCCAAAUACCCAGGAUGGUGUCUCUUUCGAAUAUCAACUCUCGUCCCAUGUGGACAGCCUCCACCACCAUCUGGGUACCGUGGUGAACCGAUUGCAUAAAGCGUUGAUCGAGACGCAUAACUUGUCCUCAAGCCAGCUCGUAACACGUUGUGAUGCAAUGCUCGACCUUUGUAACCUCCUCAACUCUAGGAUAAUGAGCCAGAGCGAUGCGUUACGUCAAGUACAAGGCAAAGUCAGCGAGCUUCAGAGACAACUGGAUUCACUUAGACAGGAAAACCGGCAGAUGGAACAGCGUCUCGCAGAAAAGGUGAAACGCGAGGUAGUAAAAGCUAAGUCGGAGAUCACGAAAAUGCCACGCUCGAACCUCGAGGCUGUCUGCACUGGGUCACUGGCCACCGUUACACGUGUAGCGGCAGACAAUGAUAUGAACGUUAACACGAUAGACGAAUCGAAGGGAGCUGAGCCUGAUGAAAAGACUAAGUCGAACAAACUCCCCACCUCGAGGAGUGGUACUUCGCUUCACAGACGCGCAGGCCAGAUGACGGUUGGCAACGACACUGUUCCAACCCCAACUGCUGCCUUUCGCACACCUACUGGUCCCGAGGAAGAGAGAAACAGCACGGACGAUGUCCAAAGCAGAGGAUACCAGCGUAGGAGUUUGUUAAACCCUGCUGUCGAAUCGUCCGGGAGCCCGACCCCGAGGCCAGCCAGGCCAGAAGCUAGGGCUGACCUGAGAGUUGAGCCCCUGGAGAGUAUGUUGACUAUCUCUAAGGGCCCACGUAGUCUCAAGAGCGUUAGCCAAUGUAGUAUGAGAGAAAGGACGAAUGGUGGACGGAAUAAAAAGGGCGUUUGGAGCUUUAGGAAGAGAAAGGCAGAAGCCCCACACGAAAACUCUCACAGUGAAUGCUACAGUGACGCCAGUGCUUUCUCAACUUCCUCUUCAACACCUCCCGUUCCCCCUGUCCCCCUUGUCCCAGGAAUACCUGGCGCCUCGGAGAACGCUAGUCCCAGCAACAUCCAUCCUGCGCUGAGAACGCAGGAGCAGCAGCGGAUCAUGCGCGCGCGAGAGAUUCAGCGCAAUAUCGACCAGAAUCGGAUUCUGCCCAGACCAGCAACUCCUUUACCGGCUCACAGAGGAAAUCCUCUGGUGCCAUCUCAUCCUGAGCAGCCCCUUGGCUACAGGCAGAUGACUAUGUACAACCAACCCGCCGGGAAUCCGCUGUAUUCAGUUCUCCAACAUCCCGCGCAUCUAAGUCCUGACAGCAGCGUUCAUGCAGUGUCUGUCUUCGACACUCCUCCUAGUGCCUUCCACCUGUCUGGAGCCAUGCCUCCUCAUACAUCAUCUCCUGGAGCCUUCGGGCCUGCGCCAAGGACUCCAUUCCCUUUCACCAUGCAGCCACCGUUUAACGUCAGCGAGCCCGAUCCGCUUCAUCUACCAUCCCCCUGGUUGUCACACCUUCAUACACAUCCUGUUUUCGCAGGACAUAUUCCGCAUCCCGCGCAGGCCAACCAGGCAGGUGAUGAUGCGGGGCGUGGAGGAUCCGAAGAUAAGAAAUAAUCGACGACAUUACGAACGACGGAAUUCGAAACGAAAAAUUGCAAAUUGGCCCGGAUAGGAUCUUCUUUUUCUUUUAUUACCUUCCGAGGCGAUUUCCAUUCCGUCCGUUGACACUAACCGCCGGCCUUCUCGUACGUCAUUUCGAUCGUUGUUGAGAAGCGGGCUGCUA